CGUCGCCGCCGCCGCCAUGGCCGGUUGUUGUCAGUCCCUGGCAGCGGGUUAUGGCGACGGCGGUGAAUGAAUUCUCCGGGCGGCAGAGGGAAAAAGAAGGGCUCAGCCGGCUCCAGCUCCGCGCCGCCGACGACCGCCGGGGCCUCACCCUCCUCGCCGCCCGGGCCGGCCCCCCCCGUGCCGCCGGCGGGGGCGGCGGCAUCCCCGCACAAGCGGAACCUGUACUACUUCUCGUACCCGCUCUUCGCCGCCUUCGCCCUGCUGCGCUUCGUCGCCUUUCAGCUCGGGCUGCUCUUCGCCUGGCUCUGCGAGCGCCUCUCCCGCGGCGCCCUCAUGGCCGCCAAGGGCAGCAGGGCCGGGGCCGACGAUGGGCCCGAGCCUGGCGGGGCACCCGAGACGGUGCGAGCCUGUCACAAGCGGGCCUUCGAGUGCAUCUCCAUGGCGCUGCGCAUCGAUGAGGACGAGAGAGCAGGACAAAAGGAACAAGCUGUUGAAUGGUAUAAGAAAGGAAUUGAAGAACUGGAAAAAGGAAUAGCUGUCUUAGUAAUUGGGAAAGGUGAUCAGUGUGAACGGGCUCGACGUCUGCAAUCUAAAAUGAUGACAAAUUUGGCAAUGGCCAAGGAUCGCUUGCAGCUUUUAGAGAAGCUGCAGGCAGUUUUGCAAAUUUCCAAGCCGCAACUGGAGGUCUAUAAUGACAGUACUAACCUGGCAUGCCGCAAUGGACAUCUCCAGUCAGAAAGUGGAGCAGUUCCAAAAAAGAAGGAUCCCUUAACACACACAAGUAAUUCCCUUCCUCGCUCAAAAACUGUUGCAAAAACUGGAUCCACAGGACUUUCAGGUCACCAUAGAACACCCAGCUACGGUGGGAUAUCAACUUCUGUGUCUAGGCCAGCACCUAAUGCUGCAGCUUCAACUCAUAAGGCUGCUCCUAAGAAUAGCAGAACAGCUAAGCCUUCUACUCCUACCACAGCUCCUCGAAAAAAGAAAGACUUGAAGACGUUUAGAAAUGUGGACAGCAAUCUUGCUAAUCUUAUCCUGAAUGAAAUUGUUGAUAGUGGGCCAGCUGUCAAAUUUGAUGAUAUUGCAGGGCAGGAACUGGCUAAACAAGCUUUGCAAGAAAUUGUUAUCCUUCCUUCUCUUAGACCUGAGUUAUUUACAGGACUUAGAGCUCCUGCACGUGGUUUAUUGCUGUUUGGCCCACCAGGAAAUGGGAAGACGAUGCUGGCCAAAGCAGUUGCUGCAGAAUCAAAUGCUACUUUCUUUAAUAUAAGUGCAGCCAGCCUAACUUCAAAAUAUGUGGGUGAAGGAGAGAAACUGGUGCGUGCUCUAUUUGCAGUAGCCAGAGAACUUCAGCCUUCUAUAAUUUUUAUUGAUGAAGUUGAUAGCCUUUUGUGUGAAAGACGGGAAGGUGAACAUGAUGCUAGUAGGCGUCUAAAAACAGAAUUUUUAAUAGAAUUUGAUGGUGUGCAGUCUUCUGGAGAGGACAGAAUACUGGUUAUGGGAGCAACUAAUAGGCCACAAGAGCUUGAUGAUGCUGUUCUCAGACGAUUCACCAAACGGGUAUACGUGUCUUUACCAAAUGAGGAAACGAGAUUGAUUUUAUUGAAAAAUCUUCUAAGCAAGCAAGGAAGUCCAUUGACCCAAAAAGAGUUGGCACAACUAGCUAGAAUGACAGAUGGAUACUCUGGAAGUGAUUUAACUGCAUUAGCAAAAGAUGCAGCACUGGGCCCUAUUCGAGAAUUAAAACCAGAACAGGUGAAGAACAUGUCUGCCAGUGAGAUGAGAAAUAUCAAACUCUCAGAUUUUACUGAGUCUUUGAAGAAGAUAAAGCGCAGUUUGAGCCCUCAGACCCUGGAAGCCUACAUUCGCUGGAACAAGGACUUUGGAGACACUACAGUGUGAAUUGCUACUUCAAGUGAAACAAAGUGCUGCCUAAGGAGCAAUUGUUGUAGGCUACUGUAAAGCAGCCAGAGUUUACAGGACUUUACUGAUUUUUAAUACUUCAUUAAAACUUGAGAUUAAGAAAAAAUGUGAAAUGAGUUCAUGACAGCCUCCUUGCCAUUUAGUGAGGAUUUACACACUGUAAGUAAGAGCACAGUAGAACUUGACGUAAUAUUCUUAGCAAUCUGAUAAUGGUUUGAUCAAUAAUACAUGUAUUUUGUUUCAGCUAGAAGGCUCUGAUGAUACUCAUCAUUGGAAGACCUUUUCCUUAUGUUGUGUCUGUGUUUCUUUGUCUUUAAUUUUGCCUUGACUUUGAUGUCUGGGUUCUUCCUGAUAACUACUAACUUACAAUUGGAGGUUUGUAAACUUCUCUUCAGUUUUUGACUUUUUUUAUCCUUAAUGUGCCAAAUAAAACAACUUCCCUAUGCUUAGAAGAAGAACAGCAUUGGGGAAUUCAGAAUAUUAAAAUGUAAAAAAAGCAGCUGGUCUGUUAUUAUUUGUCUUUUUAUUUAGUUGUAAUGUGACUCUACUGUUCACAGAACAGUUUUAAAGACCUUUGAUAGCAGAACAGCAAAAAUGCCCUACUUUAUAAAACCAAUUCAAACAGUCUUUAGAAAUAAAAAAUUACCUAAUUAAAAAAAAUAGACUAAUACAUUCAUUUACUGGCAGUAUUUUCUCACUAUUUUCUCUCUUGUAUUAUUGCAUUUUGUAAAGUUCCAUUGGUAGAAUGUUAGCUUAUGCUUAUGGUGUACAACUGGAAGCCCAGCUGAUGUUUGAGAGAGUAAGUGAUGCUAAUUGUCAAGUUUAAGAAAUGACAUGUUCCUACUCUGUAUUUUGGUCUGUGUCUGAUAAUUGAAAGUAAAAUUUCCAUUGUGAUAUAUUUUUAUUUUAAUCCAUACAUGGAAGCAUUAAAAUACAAGGCUACAUGUUUAAUACAUGGCACACAUUAAUGUUUUUAUAGCUUUCAUAUGUUUGGGUUUAUAUAUUAAAGUAUGAAACACUCAACUGAUCUGCUUUUUUAAAAAGAAACUGCAUCUUUGUACAGACACUUGUUUUUAUUAUAUAAAUGACAAGCUGUUAAAAAAACCCAUGAGAUACCCUUUAAAUACUGUAAUAAAGGAAAACAUCUUUGCCUUUACUUCUAAAGGCCUGACAUCUUGUUUACAAAUUCUACAUGGAUAAAACACAGAUGUUUGCAAGGCAGAGCUCUUAAUUCCUUGUUAAAGCAUGUUUGUGGAGGUUUUUUCUUUUUUAAAGACAGCUCUCCCAAAUUGGUGGUAUUACAAAAAUGCAUAUUGUUUACAGUUGUUUAAACUGAGUUAUAAGUUUGUUUGCUUUUGGUCUUAACAGAAAAUUUUGUUCUUAAUUUUUCCCUUAACUUAUUUUUUAUUGUUAGGAGUAAGUAAAAUAUUUCUGGGACUACUCACCUGAAAGUUGACUAUAAAUAAUAUAUUUUAUAUACAUAUAUGAAAAAACCCUUGCAGCUGAUAGAUGUAGUGUACAUACAGUAAUACACAGAGAGGACUUGGUGCUUGUGGUGUAGUAUUAGGUACUAAGUAGCAGAAACUGCAUCAAACUUGAGACACAGGUGCGGUAUGUUUGGAAUUCUGGUUUUUUGUUUGUUUUUUUUUAAAGAUGCUUUUACCAGAUGUUAAAAUUAAAAGCAAUUAAAUGAGAAGA